AUGCCAACCCCACAACAGCAACCCAUUCUCGACCUGUCUUCGCCAUUCUAUUCUCGAUCCGUCUCCAUCAUCCCAUUCUCGGUCCUCAUCGCCGUUUUUAGUCCUAAAGUACCACCUUCAAUGAUUGAAAAUCUUGGUCGCAUUCGUAAGACUUUCUCUGACUUCACCAGCUUGAACCACUGGGUAGUCAAAGAGUACUUCCGUCUAGUGGACUCCAUCAAUGCUUCAACUCUCUCCAAUGAGCAAUUGGCCACCAAAAUCGAGGAGUUUCGCCUUUGGCUUGGGCAAGGGGAGAUACUUGCUGAUACUCUAGCCGUUGUUCGUGAAGCUGCCAUAAGGAAACUUGGAAAGCACAAUUUUGAUGUUCAGGGUAUUGUAAUCACCUUUUGCAUCACAAAAACAAAAUUAGAAAACAAGAGGGCGCUGAAAAAUACGAGGCUUUAA